AUGCAGUCGAUGAUCAUCCUUGCCGCUUUCUUCUGCCUCGCGCAAGCAUCCUUCUAUGCGGGCCAUCCCGCGCACGUACAGCUCAGCCCUGAUGGCAAGUAUGUGCUGGACACACCCGAGGUAGCACACGCUAAGGCCGCCCAUCUGGCCGCACACGCACAGGCCGCCACCAACGUGCACGGCGCCUGGGCUCCCGCCGGCGCGUACGCCGCAGGACCUGCUUACGGUGCCGGUGCCCACUACGGAGCGCCCGCUGCUGGUCUCCUGAAAUACGGCCCCGCACCUCUCGCUCACGACGGUCGCGUCAUUGACACUCCCGAGGUCGCCCACUUGAAGGCCGCUCACAUCGCCGCCCUCUCGGCAGCUGCCGCUAAAGCCGCUCACGGUGGAUACGCCGGAGCAGGCUUAGGAGCUGGUUUAGGAGCUGGACAUGGUGCCGGUUACGGUGCUGGCUAUGGUGCCGGUUACGCUGGUGGAUAUGGAAAGUGGACCGGACCUCAGGCCCACAUCCAGCUCACCCACGACGGCCAAUACGUUGUAGACACCCCUGAAGUACAACACGCGCGUGCUGCCCACUUCUCUCAAUACGCGCACGCCGCGCAAGCCGCUGCGGCCGCACCCGAAGAACCCUGGGACGCUCACAGCUCCCACGGCUGGCAC